GCUCUUUAAUCCCACGCACCUGCUCCACAUGCUUCAUCCACUCCGUGUUUUCCAUCAGUCUCAGCCGAGGCGCUAUCCAGCAGUAUGUGGACAAAACGAUUUAUCAGGGCACAUUAACUGCAGAAAACAGUGUGGAUGGCUCGAGAUGCGGGAUGCUCGUGGAUCAGCGUGGAUCAACGAUGAGCGUCACAUAGCAGCAGGACGUGAAAUAGCGUUUAUAACGAGCACUGCGCUUGCUGAGGAUGAAUCCGGCUGGAGAUGAUGCUGCGUCUGCGGAGUCUCGUAGCUGAAGUCGAGGGAUCUCGCAUACUUCUGCUCAUCCAGGGCAAACACACACGUUAAGUCUGACUUCACUAAACAUCUUCUGACAUUAUUUCUAGCAAAGGACAGCUGUGUUUGUUAGUGAAGACCUCUCGGAUUUGACUGACAGAUGUCUUAUGAUGAAUGACUGCAGUUUAGGACCCUUUGCUGUGACUCUUUGAAGUAGUAUGUAAAUACAUUUCCCAUGAGGAUUUUAUUUAUAAGAACAUGUGAAUACGGAUGAAAGCGCACAGGAGGACUCUAUGUUCAAGAGCAGGAUGCAUUUUACCAAUCCAAAAUGAUGCGAUUCGCUGGAUUCCGAACACCAAAAUCUUUCAUGGCCUUUGUGAUGAGAAGAUGGAAAAUCUUACUGGUGCUGAAUGUGUUUACGAUGGCCGGCUUCAUCACUUUUUGGGGCAAGUGCAAUUUACGCACAACCAAAGCUGUUGGUCAACAGGCGGUGGCUGCUGAUGUGAGAGGACAGACGCAUCUGAAUGGAUCUGCUCAGGAGACCAGCAUCACUCAUGAUGUGCUCUUAAAGAGACUGGGAUCACUGGAAGAUGUGGUGUACAGACAACUCAAUGGUUUGUCCAAGUCUCUUGGACUCAUUGAAGGUUUUGGUGGCCGGGGUAGAGGAGGUCUACCAGCAACACUUACGCCAGAGGAAGAAAAGGAGGCCAAAUACCUGAGGGAGAAAUAUGGCUACAAUGCAUUUCUGAGUGACAAAAUCUCUCUGGAUAGAUCUAUUCCAGAUUAUCGACCCAGCAAAUGCAAAAAGGCCUUUUAUUCCCGUGACCUGCCACAGAUCUCCAUCAUUUUCAUCUUUGUAAAUGAGGCGUUGUCUGUCAUCCUGCGUUCAGUCCAUUCAGCUGUCAACCACACACCAGCUCAUCUCCUAAAGGAAAUCAUCUUGGUGGAUGACAACAGUGAUGACGUACAACUGAAAGGGCCACUGGAGGAGUAUGUCAACAAGCGCUACCCGGGUCUUAUCAAAAUAGUGCGCAAUCAGAAGAGAGAGGGCCUCAUCCGUGCUCGCAUCGAGGGUUGGAAAGUGGCCACUGGGGAGGUGACUGGCUUCUUUGAUGCCCAUGUUGAGUUCACGCCUGCAUGGGCUGAACCAGUUCUGUCUAGAAUCAAGGAAGACCACAAGAGGAUCAUACUGCCCUCCAUAGAUAACAUUAAAGACGAGUCGUUUGAGCUGGAACGCUAUGAGAACUCAGGCCAUGGUUAUAACUGGGAGCUCUGGUGUAUGUAUAUCAGCCCUCCGAAACAGUGGUGGGAUGAAGGAGACACUUCUGCACCUAUCAGGACGCCUGCAAUGAUAGGCUGCUCUUUUGUGGUAAACCGGGAAUACUUUGGGGAGUUGGGCCUACUGGACGCAGGGAUGGACGUGUAUGGAGGCGAAAAUAUAGAGCUGGGAAUCAGGGUUUGGCUGUGUGGGGGAAGCAUGGAAGUUCUGCCUUGUUCUAGAGUGGCCCAUAUUGCAAGAACAAAAAAGCCCUACCACAGUAACAUCGCCUUUCACACUAGGCGCAAUGCACUGAGGGUGGCAGAAGUAUGGAUGGACCAAUACAAAUCAAAUGUCUAUUUGGCAUGGAACCUCCCAAUGAAGAACCAUGGCAUUGACUAUGGAGACAUAUCCCAGAGAUUAGCGCUCAGGAAAAGACUCCAGUGCAAAAACUUUGAGUGGUACCUCGACAAUAUCUAUCCAGAGAUGAGGAGAUACAACAACACUCUCUUUUAUGGAGAGAUACGCAAUACCAAUGUGACCCAUCUGUGUGUGGACCAGGGCAUAAAGGAAAACCACACAGCAACUCUGCACCCCUGCCAUGGCUGGGGCCCUCAGUUGGGUCGCUACACUAAGGAGGGUUAUCUUUUUCUGGGUCCUCUGGGAAGCACUGGCGAAGAUACGCGGUGUGUGGUGGACGAUAAAAUCAGCAGCUACCCACAGCUCCUGAAUUGUGAGAAAGUCUCUAGCGUAAGCCAGAAAACGUGGCACUUUGCACAGAAUGAAGCAAUCAUCAACCGAGCUACAGGACGCUGUCUUGAGAUAGUGCAGGCUAAUGUCUACUUCGGCUACGCUCUGAUCCUGCGUUCCUGCACUGGUCAGAAGUGGAGCAUCAAGAAUUUGAUGAAACAGGACUGAGGGCAGUGAGUCAGCAACCUUAGAAAGUUGGGAAUCUCUAUGGCCUUCAUGGAACUUUAGAAAUUGGAUCCAGUUUUUAGGAACUCAAGGGGUGCUGAUCAUGUUUGCGUGUUUUGGGUUUUUGGUCUUACUACAUUCCACAUUACAAAAAAUAAGACACUCGAAGCACCACUGCAUACAGUAGGUUCCUCAGAUUUCCACCUUCUGGAAAACCACUAGACAUCCUGAGAACAGUUCUCUGAGAAACAUUGGAUUUCAGAAGUUCUUGCAAGAACUAAAGAAAAUCAAUCGUUCCUCCAGUAACUUUGCUGCAAUGUAAGAUUUUGAAGCACAUAAACUGUUGAAGUUCCUUAGGUGUGCAGCAUUUUCAAACCAUAAUUUCAACAGUGAGAGCAACCAAGUCUUGAGUGCAGAAACCAAAAUGACAAUUAAAUGUUGUAGAUGAUCAACUGCUGCAUUGCAAAUACUCUGUACAUCACUGUAUGCAUAAUUUAAAGGAUUACUUCACUUCCAGAAUAAAAGAUUCCUGAUAAUUUACUCACCCACUUUAUGAUCCAAGAUGUUCAUGUCUUUUGGAAAAAAUUAAUGUUUUUGAGUAAAAAAAAUUCUCCAUAUAGUGGAUUCCAUUGGCCACCAUCGAAGUCCACUAUAUGGAGGAAAUCCUGGAAUGUUUUCCUAAAAAAAACCUUAAUCACAGUGGGUGAGUAAAUUAUCAGGAAAUUUUUAUUCUUGAAGUGAACUGGAAGUCUAAUCUUAAAUUAUACACCUGCAGAUUUACUUCACAUCUAGGAGAACGUGUUUAUGUGUUCAUAACAGCUUUAUUUAGACUUAAUUUGUAGUAAUGUUGAGUUGUGCUAUCUGUAUUUCUUCUUACAUUCUCUUGUGUUAGGUUUUCACUGUCAGCGGCUAUGGGUCCCAUGUCUUCUGUUUAAAUAAGCAGUCUGCUCUGGAAAUAUGUUAUUUAUUGCAUUUUUUUUUUCUACAGUAGCCCCUCACGAGAAUGACAUUAUGAUACGUGCGCAGUUUAACAGUAACUAUGGUAACUGAGCUCUAUCUGCUGUUGAAUGGAUCCUGUAGUAGCCUAGUCAUAAUGUUACUUUGAACCACACUAUAGCAACAAGGCCAGUAUGUAGGCGAUAGGAAUAUGGGAAAAAUUAUCGUCAGGGAUUGUCGACCGAGUUACAUAAGUACACGUUACAUGAGUCAUAAACUGUACAUGUAACUACAGUUUCCUCAGAUGUUGUUGCACCCAUACCGUCUUCCAUUUUGACUAGGACUGAUUUGAAUAAAAUGGUGAACUGC